AUCCUUCCGCGAUCCCUGAAACAUGGCGGGAGAACGCUAGUCUGUAUUCGAAGCGCAGGCACUGGAAGGAGGGCUGUAGGAUACGGAGACAGGUGCUGGCAGCAGCGGUAGCAUGGCCAUGGUGAAAAGAAAUGGCAGUGGAGGAAGGGGUCGGCCACGCUGUCGAUCUUACUUGUCCUCUGCUUCGCGGCGUGCUGUUGGAAGCUUUGCACCAGGGCAGAAGGUCAUGGUGCGGUGGAAUGAUGGGCUGUUCUACCAAGGCCAAAUAUUGAGAGUGGAUGAGGCCAAUGAGCGUUGCCAAGUGAAGUUUGCAGAUAGUUGCACUUUCUAUGUGCUCUGCAAGGAUUUGCACAGAGGGCCAGCUGAUGGAGAAAUCUGCUGCUGUGUGUGCCAGGGGGAGACAUCAGAAAGUCCCAACUCAAUUGUGCUGUGUGAUAGCUGUGGUAUGGGUUAUCAUCAGGUGUGCCAUCACCCUCCGAUUCCGAAGAGUGUGUUGAGACCUCACGUUCCUUUUGUUUGCAAACUCUGUUCUUUUGCAUCCCACCUGAAGUUGGAGGAACAUGGUGUUGAAAGUCAACCAGAUUGUGACACCAAUGACCAACCGUCUUCACGUGUUUUACUAAAUGGAUCAGUUGAUAACAUUGGUAUGGACCUGCAUCAUGUCCUUCCUUAUAGGAUGAACCUGUUGACAUGGGAUGCUCAGCACAGGACAAAUGUAGAACAAUGCUACUGUUACUGUGGAGGGCCUGGAGAUUGGUAUUGCAAAAUGCUUCAGUGCUGUCGUUGUCGUCAGUGGUUUCAUGAAGCUUGUGUCGGGUGUCUAAAGCAGCCACUGUUGUAUGGGGAUCGCUUUUACAUGUUUCUCUGCUCCCACUGCAACUACGGUGAUGAAUUUAUCCGCAGACUUCCAUUCAAAUGGGUUGAUGUUGUGCACCUAGCACUGUUCAACUUGACCCUGACCUUUUGCCAUAAGUACUACGACCUCCACACAACUAUUCUUCCCUGGAUUUCAGAAAAUAACAGCAAUUUAAACCUCAGCAACCUCUUACAGAGUAGGCCAAUUCUUUCAGCAGAUGUCACGAGAAAGGUAGAAGCAGCGCUCAAUGCUCACAAAUCAAAAUUUACAUCGGGUAAAGAAGUAAAGAAAAAAGCAAGCCUCUGGGCGCUUGUUGUACGUGUACCCCCCCAGUCACCUCCUGUCACAGUGCCAGCAUCUGGACCCGUCAAUGAUGAUGUGAUGGACAAUCUCAAUGCCAGAAGUCAGAAAGUCAAAUACUUCAUUCCUGCUCAGUGCCAAUCACCCAUUCCUGUAAAGGGCCUGCAGCGCACCAGUUUAGACAAAGGGAAAUCACUUAUGUGCAAAAGUCCCCUUGUGUGCUCGCUACUCCUGGAAGCAAACAAUAAUAACAGCACUAAACGGAUGGUUAAUGGGACAGGUGGAGAUAAUUGUUAUAAAAGUCUGCUUUCCUCCCCACAUUCCAAGAACCCAGUUGCUGCCUACAAUGAUGAUAUAGACAAGCAGGAUGUUCCUGAUAUAUGUGAAGAAAAAAUAUCUACUCGAAGCAUUCGCUCCAACCCUAAACCCCCAAGAACUAUAGACAAAUUAUUAGCCACUGACCAGAACUCAUUGCCAAAGCAAACUUCAGCAGUGCUAGAUCGUCUUAUUCCUAUGCCAGCUUCAUUUAUCGGGAAGAACCACCCUUUUCAGACUGAGGUGGAGACGGCGGAAGAGGUGGAGCGUUUGAAUCACUUCCAGACGCGCUUGGCCUUUUUGAAAAAAGAGUAUGCAGCUGAUCUGAAGUCAAGCCAACCUGAUAAAGUCUCAAACCCACAAGAACAGGGGAUGACAAUGAAAAAGUCCCCCUCGCCUGUGAGAGGAGUGAAAAGGGGACCCAGUGGCGAGGGAGAUGGCGUGCGUCGGAGCAAACGGAGUCGUGUUUGUGCAGAGCAGUACCAGCAUCUCCUUUCCUCUUUCCCCCGUCACGCAGUCUCUCGGCAAGAAAAUCACUCUGCACCUCGCUGGAAGUGGCUUAGCGUGGUGGACCAGAUUUUAUAUGGCGAAAAGUUUGAAAUUCUUGGUCGUCGACAGAUGCCCGAUGGCAGCUUGCAUUACUUGCUUGAGUGGGAUGAUUGAGUGUUGGUUUUCUGGGACUGUUUUGUCUAGUUAGCUGUUACACACUUUUACUGCAUUUGCACCUUCAAAAGCUCUUAAUGGCAGCAGAGGAGGUGUCUCUUUUACUUGACAAUCUUAUACACAGCAGCAGCUAGCCAUGAUAUUGAUUCUACAAGAUGUGUCUCCAGAGACCAUUGUAGAUGCAAUCUGGCUUUAUGUCAUGGUUUGAUAAAAAAAAAAAAAUUGUUUAUGCUCUUUUUCCAAAUUUUUAUUGCUACAGUGAAUUGGACUAAUCAUCCCAUCAGUUUACCAUUGUUUUCAUUUGAAUGGGAGGUGUGUGAAAACAUCUUUGAGUGUCUUUUUGCUUAAACUGUAUGUUGAGGCUGAUGAAUGCUAAAUAUGAUGGGUUUUGGGGGUGGGGUGGACGGGGAGCGUGCAUUAAAUUAUGUGGACUGUGCUUUACUUAAAUGCAUGUGAUGUUGAGGAUAUGUGUCAUGACAUUACCAGCAAACAUUCCAUGUAGAGAAAUCUGCUUGUCUACAAGAACAUCGAAGUUGGAUUUGAUGGGCAUUCUUUGACUCAGCAUUUGCUUGUUAGCAGAUUGCAGAAUUGUAUCUUAGGGUGUUAAGUGUGCUUAAAGAUAUUGUGCUUUACAUAGCAUUCAAGUGUGAUGUCCACGCCUAAAGAAACAAAAGUGCAUACAAAUCAAUACAAAGAGCUAGUUAAAUAACACGAGUUGAAAAUGGUGAAGCAUCGGUAUGUGUAAAGCCCCUACAGAGGUGAGUUUGAAAGAAAAUGGCAGAACAUAGUACACACAUCCUUUAACUGCAUCAGAAUAAGAAUUCCAUUGUUUGCACCUUGGAAUUUCCCCUUUAAAAAGACAAAUUAUUACAAGAAGGCUAAAGAAUAUAUGAGAGUUUCAUGUUCCCUUAAAAGCUUUAAAAAAUAUUUUGAAGCAAUUUUUUUCUUUGUCCAGCAUAGACUUGUUAACAAAAUAAAAUUUUAUAUAUGAUGGUAUGAAUGAUUUGAUUUGUCUUAUUUGUACAUCUUGGCCAUUUAAAAAUAUGUGCUAUGUAUUUCUAUCAUAUUAAUCCAUCUCUGUCAUGCAAAGGUGCUUGUAGUUGUCAUACAUUUUUCCAGAUACUUGGUUUGCAAAGAGAGGAGGGGGAAGGAAUUUGCAAAGCUACUUUUUAUUACACUAAUUACAGAUUUAAGGGAAUGUACUGUAGUAAAGGAGUACACUCAAUCAUCUGAUAGCAAAGGGUUAUAUUUUUUUCAGAGAAAGAAUACAGCUAAUUCAUAGUCAUCUAAAUUUGUUUGCUUUCGUUUUCUUUUCAGUAUUAAAAAUUUUACAGAUAAGUUAUAUGUCAGCUUCUGCUUUUCAUCAGAGAUUUCUCGUUCCUAAGCAUACAGGUGCAACAUCUAAGUCAUUUACAUCAGCUUAUUUUUAAUUAAAUAAGAUGUUACUGAAAGUGGCAGCUUCCUUAGCCAUUUGGGAGUAACUCCUGUCUAGUAUGAAGAAUCUGCCAUUUUUUUGCUUGUUUUUCUAGUAACAGGCAACAUUGCCUUUUUUAUUUAAUUGAAGCAUCUCUCAUUGCAUAUUGUAAUGUGCUUAAGUUUACAACUGCCAGCCCUGUGCUCAAUGAUCCAUGCCUCUAGCUCUCCAUGGUAUAAUGAAUACAGUGAAUACUUUCGCCUUUGCUUUACUGACAUGGGACCAAAACAUAGCCCUUGUAGGAUUGGAGUAUUCCUGUCCCCUGUUUUAACUUAUUAAAUUGCUUGCAUUGUGUGUAAAUAUGUCUUUAUAUAUAGAGAUGUAAUAUCUAUAUGUAUAAUGACCUUUAUUUUACAGUGUGCUCUUGUGUGAUAGAAAAGAAAUGUUUAGUGCUCAUGGUGAUCUAGUGUUGAUGUUGACAGGAGCCACACUUCUCAGGUUCUUUUGUCACAAAUAAUCCAAUGCAAAAUGAUUAGGAUUGGUGUUAAAACGACCUUUACAUACCUGUGUGAGUGCAUGCACAUAUGUGCAGGAGUGAUACACUUCGAAAACAUGCAAUUGAGGUUUUAUUUAAAAUGUGUCUUUGUUGUAAAAGAGUAAAAGGACUAGGACUUGAUUGUACAGUAAUUAUUAUUGUGCUACUUAUGUCUAUACUGUGGAGCUUGUUUACAAUUGUUUAUGAUGUGCACACUGUUUCUUCUCUUAAACCUUUGAAUAAGUUGAAGUAAUGUCAGGAAAAUUUGUUAUCUAAGUUCAUUUUUUCGUAGAGACACCAUCAAGCAUUUUCUUGCUAUUGUCAAUUUUAAUAGUUUAGUCACAAAAUUUCUACUCUUACAACAUGGCUUUGUAUUAUGUGCAGAUUGUUCUAGGGAAUGCAUGGUCAUAGACUUUGAUAAAACAAUGGCAUGUUAUUUAAGGUAACAUGUUUGUGUGCCUGAAUUUUCAUAAUGUCGUGAAGAUGGUGCAAACUAGCGUGACCAGUGUUGCUGUUUCAGUGGAACCACAAUCAUCCCUUGUGUUAAUAGGCAGCAAUGUUAUGCAUGAAUGCUUAAAGGCCAGUGUGCAUGUCUAAUGCAACCAGAUCACCUCACAUUUUGCUGGCCACCUCCGAUCAUUUUAAUUGUCGAAGAUUUUGGUCAUGAAAAUACUGAAUGUAGAUGUGUAUAUGUGAGUGCUAUGUACUCCAUGCAUAUAAGUACUUGUUCUUGGCAGUUCUUUUUGCCUGGUUUACAUCUUUCCAGCAUGUAGUCAUGUACAGUCAAGAUUUCUUUUAUUAGGGACCACCGUAUGAGAGCCUUCACCUUUUGUUAAAGAAACUGUAUAUUUGAUAUUUGCAGUGCUUGUGCAUCAGAGUUAAUAAUUCUGACAUAAUAAAUAUAAAAUAAAAAAUACUGUAUGAAAAAGCAUUUUUAGCUUUAAAGCUGCAUCCUUUCACUUUCAGGUUUUAUUACAAAAAAUAAACAUUAAAGGCUUUGACCCUUCAUCAACUGAGCAAGGUCAUUUUAUAAUAUCCAGCUUUGUUACUUAAUGCUUGCAACAUUUUUACUUUCGUAAAUAAUAAGUGUUAAAGGUGACAGGUUGGUUUUAGUGUUGCAAGUAGCAUGUUUCCCCCCAAAAAAAGAGUGAGCACUUUAUGCCAUCCUUUCUUUGUUUGCCCUAGCCAAAAAUGUUUAGUUUGUUUAAUAUAUCCACUGCAAUUCAUUUUCUUUGUUUAGGUGUUUCGUGAUAUGCCUAAUUCUCAAGUUUGAUUGUACAUGAACUAAUAACAGUCAUUCCUUAGCUGGGGGUUUUAUGCUGCUUUUGCUCCUGUCACCAAGGCCUCUAGCUUGCAUUUAAACAGUGUGACUAGGUAAAUGGGCAUUAAUAAACAAUUAUAGAUGCAUAGUCGCAUGUGAAAUCUUUGGUCAUCUUAUCUGCUUUGAAAUACUGUUUCACUCUGUGUGGUAUGUUGACUGUUCGACUCCUGUUACUUUGCAAAGAUUCUUAUGACAGGAUGGGUGCCUUAAAUGUAAAUUGUUAUCCAAUGUUUGCUUUUAUGAAAUAACUCAGUAUGGUGAGCAUUUUUUGGACAUUGCCUGUGAAAAAUUGUCCUUUGUGAUUGAUUUAAUGAGUGCUUAUUAUAUUCAUCAUAAAGUGCCUGACUCAGCUGGAAGGUUUCCAUUUACCAACAAAAUAAAUGCUCGUUAAAAAGAAAGAUGCUGCAUUUGGUGCCUCAAAACAAGCCAUAAGCUCUGCAUGCUAUAGCUAAACAAGGUUGUCUUUACCAACUUGUGCCACGAUGUCAUAGCUUGUUUACUGUGUGAUGGAAUGCAAAACUAAUUUGCUGCCUUUGGUUUGGGGCAAUAAGAAUCUUAUAAUUUUGAAAUGGAUCAUUUCUGUGUUGUGCAUCAAGGCAAUUUUGUGAUUACAAUGCAAUCUCACUGUGAGAAUCAUUUAUCACAUGCCCCCUAAUAGAUUUUUAUUAGUUUUAUCAUUGAUGUGUUUGCACCAGUAACAAAGACCUGUACAUGCCACACUUCACUCAGUUGAUGCAUCUUUGAGAAUGAAAUUUUAUGCUGUUACUCCAAAUAAUAUGAAUGAUUCAGGGAAGGGAGUGCAUACCUGUAGGACUUUCAUAUCUGCCUCUAUAUGCAUGUUUUUUAAAACAAAAAUUUUUUUUUUUAAGAACUUAUGUUGGCAAGAUGUAAAUUAUAUGCAGCAGAAAUAAACCCACCAUAUUUUGACAGCCAAGCAAGUUUGAAGAAAAAAUGUUACUUUAGAAUGCAGAAUUGUUUUUUUAGGAUCAUACUUGCAGUGUAAUGGUGUCUGAGUUCUUAAGAUUCAGUUGUAUGAAAGCAAAUAAACACAUUUAUCAAUU